CACCAGCUCACUAGUACACGCUGUACUUGGUUCUAUGCCCAGAGUACCAGUAAUUCGGCCUCCGUUAUAGACGUUGGCGGUAGACCGUGAGGUCUGGAGGGACAAUUUCCAUUGACAGGUAUCCCUCGUCUAGUGACAAGCUCGCGCGGUGAACUUGUUUGUCCAUGAAGUCGUCUGGACAGCCACUGGACUGGUCAGACUUUUGCUACAGUAGGCGCGAUAUGUGAUUGUGCUCAUCGCCGCUAGAGCAAUGGCGGGCUCAUUUUGCACAACAGGUUCUGCCUGUGUGUUAAUUAUGUAGUAUUCAUUGAUUUAUUUUGUAAAUAUUUGAGUACUCUCAGAACGAAAACUAGGACUGUACUUAGAAGGAUCUGUUCCGGUUAUUGUUUAUAGCUGACGCGGUUCUAUAAAACACUAGAUAUUCAUUAUUCCAAAUCGAUAAUUUCAUGGAGAUUUUGGAAAUGCCAGACGCCGGAAACGUCUCAGUAUUAGCGAGGCUUGAUGUAUAGCCAUGGAAGAUACGGAGAAAAACGGGACUGUGGUCGUGGAUAUCCCUCAGGACCUACCCCUAGACAUGCUUCCCCCGAUCGUAGGUCGCAUGGAGCUCGACCUUCCUGAUGAUAGGAGGAGUAACACGAGUCGGCGUUCCAGUCUGCCCCCUCCACCAGACUCUCAUCUACCUCUGGAGGAGGGCAACACCAACGUGCCCCCAUCAACACGCUUCCAACGCUGCCGAUGGAAGGUCAGAGCGCUUGUCGAACACCUUCUUUUCCGCCUUUUCACCGUCAUCCUCAUCCUCGUGGACAUCUCCCUAGUCAUCGUCGAUUUCUGUGCCACCCUAGACGAAUCGACGUCACAAAAAAUUACCAUCACAUCACGAGCCAUAAUCAUAUACUUCGUUGUGGAGAUCAUACUUCGAAUAUUCGCAAAAGGCAUCGAUUUUUUCAAGAAUUGUUUUGAUGUGACAGACAUGGUUAUAGUACUAGCUACUUUCAUCAUAGACAUGGCGCUGAGUAACUAUGGCAGAUGGGGGGUCGUCGGUCGUACCUUACGUAUCAUCCGUAUCGGCCGAAGCGUAGUCAUCAUGGUCGGGCAGUACCGUCACGUGAUCACAGCCACAAGGAAGACAGUAUCACAAAACAAACGACGGUAUCUCAAGGACGGAUUUGACCUUGACCUUUGUUACAUCACAGAGCGGGUGAUCGCAAUGUCGUUUCCAUCGUCAGGGGUACGGAAGAUGUACCGAAACCCUAUCAACGAAGUGGCCAGGUUCCUCAACACCAAACACCCAGACCACUACAAGGUGUAUGACUUGUGUAGUGAACGAAAUUACCCGACCGAACUGUUCCACGACAGGGUAGAGAGAGUUUACAUAGACGAUCACAACGUCCCAACACUAGAAGACCUGGUGAAGUUCUGUGACGAUGUGCGGGUGUUCCUGUCUGAGGACGACACCAACGUGAUCGCUGUCCACUGUAAAGGUGGUAAAGGGCGGACCGGAACCAUGAUCUGUACCUGGCUGGUCGACUGUGAAAUGUUCGAGGAGGCGGAAAAAAGCCUGGACUACUUUGGGGGGAGGCGAACUGACUUGUCGGUAGGGAAAACCUUCCAGGGUGUGGAAACUCCCAGUCAGAGCCGGUAUGUCGGUUACUAUGAGAAAGUGAAGAAGGACUAUGACAAUGAGAUUCCCGCCAUCGUCAAAUUGAAGAUAACCACCGUUACGAUCACCGGUAUCAAAACUGUAGGGAAGGGCGAUGGAUCCGACCUAUCCAUGGCUAUCUUCCUCGGACGAGAACAGGCCUUCAACUGUAACUUUGGCAAGGGAAAGAACUGCGAGCUAACACAUGACAAAGACAACAACAGAAUAGAGGUGAUGCUGUGUAACUGCCCUAUAUUAGUAGAGGACACCAAGGUCAGGUUCACGUCUUCAGCAGUCACUGUACCGAAGGGGUACGAUAACUGCGCUUUCUACUUCUGGUUCCAUUCGGCAUUCAUCCAUAACAACAGAUUGCUUAUACCACGUGAUGAACUUGAUAACCCUCACAAGAAGAAAGUCCACAAGAUUUUUACAGAGGAGUUUUCCGUUAUGCUAAGCUUUGAGGAUGUAACGUGAGGAUUAUAGUUCUUAGUCAUCUUUCAUCCUGGUAGAAUGUGAAUACCACAAAGGCUGAACAAAUAGAUUCUUUAGGUACAGGGGACAGGUCUAAAAGUGACCACUGACAGAUCAACGACCAAAUGUGGACGAGUGUCAAUACGUUCAUUGGCCGAAAUACUUACUACAGACGAAAAUACAUUGUGAUUCAUGACUUUGAUCCAUUACAUGAUUUUUUUGUAUGCAUGUUGUUAAAAGUUUGUGAGAUUGACUUUAGCACUUUUCCAUUUUUACGUAUUUCCACUUUUCUCAUUCCCGAAUAAUUCAAAUGACUCGUGCUUAUUGUGUUAACCAGUUUUCUCCAUACUGUUUUCCAAUUUAAAAAACUGAUGUCAUUAUUCGAAUCUGCAGAUUCAGAUCAAAAGGAGAAAGUGUUUACUUCUUGCAUUUGUUUUCCAGAUUUUAACAAAUGUAUCAUUAUCUUAGUUAUUAUUUUAUGUUGAGUAGUUCUAAUAUUUAUAAGUUGACCUCCAAUAUGGAGAGCAUUCCAUUGCUCUUUACCUUUAUUCUUGACAGACGGUGGAUUGCUGUAGUAAAUGUUUUUUUAUUGUAUAACAAUGUGUCUUCAUUUGAUCGAGUUGAAUGUGACAUUAAUCACUUUAACAUCUCCUUUGUAAUGCCGAAAUAUUUAUAUUUUGACUACUAAAGUUUAUCUCUAUAUUUUCUAUAUGUAAGUUAUUUGUAUUUCCGCCGUAAUUUGCUCAAGAUAAAUGUCAACCAUACUGAUAUAGGUUAAGGGGAAGUAAUUAAUUUUAUCAGUAUCUACGGAGGAAAUUCAGAUGGUUUCAUUUAUCAAAUACAUAAUUAUGAUUGACAUUUCAGUCCAGGAGAUAUUUCAUUCUAUAACUAGAGUACGAUAAAUGCACUAUCUCAGUAAUUAUAUGUAAUAGGUCACAUCAGGUAUUGUACUGUCAAUACGUAUAUACAAUAGACAUAACGACCACGUUGAAAACUUGACAAUUGUGGUGAAAUGUCGCUUUCAUCUUUUGUUAUUUCAUAAGAAGAUAAUUUGUUUCCGUUCAAUAAAAAGAAGUAAGAACUUAGUAGUGCCAUUCCUCCUAAUCUUAGCAUGUUCUCGCUAAAACGAAACUUUCCAUGUUGUUGGAUUUUUUUUUAUUUAUGUUGUACGGAAUCUGUUUGUCACUUACUAUAUUUUACUGCUACGAGAAUAUCCUGUGGAAAUGGACGUUUGCUUACUAUACAACAGAUCUUUUUAGAGAUAUCUUGAGACAAGGCUAAAGGCUAAAUUAUAUUCCAAACAAAUUAUAAUAAAAUUCAAUUCUGUAUAUGAUAAAUAUGGAAAUCGGAAAAAACAAGCUGGUCCAUUAUAUGAAGUCCUUGCCUGAUUCAAUAUACUAAAAUUUUUUUUUUUAGAGACAUAUAAUAAUUUCCCAAAAGGCAAAAGAACAAGCACGGAAAGCGUGACAUAUUAGCUUUACCUGAAUUACAUACUCAGUUUGAUAUAUUAUACUAACUCGGUAGUUACGGAGUUUCUAAUUUAUCACGGUCGGUAGACGUACGUUUUUAUGUUGGCAUCAAAUUGUCUCUGCCUUUGCACUUUAAGUUUUAUUUAAAUGUUAACUAACAAUAAAGCCCAUAUUGUUAAAAUGAAACGUGAUAGAUGUUGUUGAAUUGUUUCCUUCAUCAAAUGGUAGAACAGUCAUUCUUUGCGGCUAGUAUUUUCUAUGGUUACUGGUGCCGUCAAGUAUUUUCUAUGGUUACUGAUGCCGUCAAGUAUCUUCUAUGGUUACCGGUGCCGUCAAGUAUUUUCUAAGGUUACCGGUGCCGUCAAGUAUUUUCUAUGGUUACUGGUGCCGUCAAGUAUUUGCCAUGGUUACCGAUGCCGUCAAGCGAUGAAUGCCGAACGGAAACGAUUCGGAGACCCUCCAAUUACUCUUACAGUAGGAUGGAAAGUUCCAAACCAUUUCCGAAUGUCAAAAAUUCAGAUGUAAUAGUUCUUGCUGUUUUACAUGGUAGGCAUUAUCUUUCUUUUGUUUUAAGAAUUUCAAUAUCCGAUGUUAUUAAUUUAAAUCGUCAAAAAGUAAAAUCUUGAAAACAUAAAUUUCUACCAGUUUGUUGAUGUAUUACGGUUAUAUGGUACAAAAAGAGAUAUUCAAAUCUUCAAACAACUUGUUACCAACCGUAAGUCGUAAACUUGAGCUAUUUAGCAGGUAGCUUGGUUGGUUAAUGUGCUAACAAUAAAUGCCAUUUAGAUGUAUCUUGCCAAGGGCCAAAUUCGCUAUCCUACAGGUCAAAUAUUUUUCCUGUAUGAGUUAUUUAAGUACCUAACCUAAGUAAGAAGUAACUUAGUUUUAGAAUUAUAAUAUUCAGUACUUGUAAUCUUCUAGUCAUUGUGUCACAGCUCGAUCAUGUUACACAUUGAAUCAGUUCAAAUGUAACGUAUAUGUGACGUGAAAACGAGAUAAAUAGCUGUAUAGAAAGGAAUGUCAAACAUUACAAAAAAUGUAUAUAUCUCUAGGUAAUGACACUUUUUUAUCUACUUAAUAAAAGGGAUUUCAAUCGUAGUCAAGAUGAAACAUUUCUAUGUUCAAUCAUGGAAGAAAAAAGUUUAGUUGUAUCCCCUUGCUUGUAUGAAUUCCCAAUCUUGUAUGUGGUUUUCAUCUUCUUUGCUGCAACAUUUUGAUUUAGGGAUUAAUCUAGACGUAAACCUAACGCGUUCGACUUUAAGUUCACGUAUGUCAGUUAUUAGUCUUGAUUGAACCAAUUUAAACAAUUCGAUUCACAUAGUAUUGAUUUCUAUUUGAGGGAAACAAGUUAACAUCCCUUUUUUCUCUUAACUGUUAAUACAAGCGGUUCCCUUGUACACGUGACACUUCCCGUUCAAAUUUAAGUGGUUUGUUUAUUACUGACCUUGAGUUCUUCCGAUGCUUUCUCUUGAAUUGACCAUUUUAACUUCGGUUUUUAAUUAUAUUUUAGGUGUUAACAAAUUUUACAAUUUUUUACUAUUUGUGA